AAACAUCGGUCGCGCAGUCGGUCCACAAACCUCUCCAAUCAACUCAUUUCGCACUCGUAUUCCGAUGUAAUGCAGUCUUCGGGCAGAAGUGAUACCAUUCCGGCCGGUGUUCUCAUGCGACGAGUGGUUCCCGCAAACAACUCGUGUCUCUUCACGUCCGUGUAUUUCGCUCUAUCGGGCGGUGAGUUCAACGACACGAUUGGUUCGGCUCUGCGGCAGAUCAUCGCCGAUACGGUGGCCGCCGACCCCUUCGCCUACAACGAAGCCCUGUUAGGCAAACCCAACCGCGAGUACUGCACGUGGAUUCUCAACGAAGAGCAUUGGGGCGGAGCUAUUGAACUGUCCAUUCUAUCCAAGUAUUAUGGCAUCGAAAUAGUGGCCGUCGAUACACAACACGUCCGACUCAAUCGUUUUGGCGAAGACAUGGCUCACGAUAAGAGAAUUUUUCUCAUCUACGAUGGCAUUCAUUACGACCCGUUAAUGUGGGAACCGUUGGACAGCAAGAAUCCCAUUCAGACGGUGUUUCCGGUGGCCAACGAUUCGGUUCUGUCGAUGGCGCUGGAGAUCGCCAAUGAGGCCAAAGCGAGCCGUCAGUACACAGAUGUGCAGAAUUUUUCGUUGCGAUGUCUCGUGUGUAACGCCGGCCUCCGGGGCAACAGUCAGGCCCAAAGUCACGCCACAGAAACCGGACACAUGAACUUCGGCGAGAUUUGA